AUAAAAGAUGAUUUUAAUUAGAAUUUUAGAUUUAAAAAUAUAAUUUAGAUUUUUUUUUUGUCACUAUUAUGGCUCCUAACAUUGGGCAGAAAGGAUUAAGUUGUGUAAUAGUUAAGUAAUGGAAUUCUGGGAAACCUUUUAGGGAAUGGCUCUUUCCUCCCCAAACUUGGUGACAGCUACUGGUCAGGUGAUUGCUACAGGAGGCAAGACAUGUAUGCCAGGACCGAUGAUUACUGCAGCCAAGUCUACUGCAGUAUUGCAGGGACAGACAGGUUUUGUUCCUUCUACUACUUCUAGCCAGACAGUUGUAAUUGGACAGUUUGGAAUGUUGUCAAAUCAAGCAUCCAUUGUUCCUUCUCACAACAAGACAAUUUCUGACAGUCAAAAAGGGAAACCUUUUAUGAUGGGUCAACCAGCUGCUUUACAGCCUAAGUCACCAAUUUUACCUUGUCCUGUUUCAUCUUCAAAUGCUACAGCUCAGGUUUUGACAAAUACACAAUUGAAACAAUUGACAUCAUCUCCACAACUGAUUGCAAGUCAAGCGCCAACUGCUAUGAUAGCAAGCCAAGCUCAAAUAUUAGGUUCACUACAAGCAUUAGGAGCAUCUCUUCCUCAAGGAAUUACAUGGGCGACACAUGGUGGCUUACAAUCUCCAACGUUACUUACACAAAAUCCUAUUUUUAUUCGUAGUCAACAGCCUGAUAUGUUUAUCCAGAGUCCUUCACCAGCAACUGCUUAUGCAGUUCCAAUGGCAUCAACAACUCCCUCUAGUCACAUGACUGUAAUUCCUACAACACCCUAUUUACAGAAACAAAAACAAGUUCGUCCUGCAAGUUCAGUGGCCACUCAGACAGCAGUUUCAACAGCUGCUGCUGCUCAGUCUCGAGCACCUCCAAAUCGUACCCAGGUUAGAUCAAUAGCAAAACAACGUUCACGUGGUCAGAAUAACAGAAGCUCUCCUGCUGGUUUGCAGCUGCCUCCUCCACAAACAGUUACAAUACAAACACAAACACCUCCACUUCAACAUCAAAAAGCUGAUGCUGCUAAUCAAACAAAACCAACUCCAGAAAUGAAAAGUACUGCAACUCAAAGUAAGUCAGUAGCUACAGAAACUGGACAACAGGUUGUGUUAGCAAAGCAACAUAUCUCACCUAUAUCAGCAGUUAAUGUUUUGCCAAAACCCACAAAUACAGAUGUAAAAUCUUUUCCUGAAACCCCUGUAAUAACUAAUAAUAAUGUACCAGAGACAAAUAUGGAAGUUGACCCUGUUCCUGUAGUUGAUGUUAGUCCAUCAUUAAAAGAUGUAGCCACAGUUGAACCAGAACCAUUAGAAAAGCCAAGAAAAGAAGAAGACACUGUUGCCAUUCCUCAUUCUGAUGUCAUUUCUAAAGAAAAACAACCACAAAAAGCGAUAGUUAAACCUCACAUUUUAACACAUGUGAUUGAUGGAUAUGUUAUAUUGGAAGGCCCUGAUCCAUUUCCUGUAAGUAUGUUCUUUAAUCAGGCAAAACAACGUUCACGUGGUCAGAAUAACAGAAGCUCUCCUGCUGGUUUGCAGCUGCCUCCUCCACAAACAGUUACAAUACAAACACAAACACCUCCACUUCAACAUCAAAAAGCUGAUGCUGCUAAUCAAACAAAACCAACUCCAGAAAUGAAAAGUACUGCAACUCAAAGUAAGUCAGUAGCUACAGAAACUGGACAACAGGUUGUGUUAGCAAAGCAACAUAUCUCACCUAUAUCAGCAGUUAAUGUUUUGCCAAAACCCACAAAUACAGAUGUAAAAUCUUUUCCUGAAACCCCUGUAAUAACUAAUAAUAAUGUACCAGAGACAAAUAUGGAAGUUGACCCUGUUCCUGUAGUUGAUGUUAGUCCAUCAUUAAAAGAUGUAGCCACAGUUGAACCAGAACCAUUAGAAAAGCCAAGAAAAGAAGAAGACACUGUUGCCAUUCCUCAUUCUGAUGUCAUUUCUAAAGAAAAACAACCACAAAAAGCGAUAGUUAAACCUCACAUUUUAACACAUGUGAUUGAUGGAUAUGUUAUAUUGGAAGGCCCUGAUCCAUUUCCUGUUAGUCGAUCAUCUCUAUUAACAGACUGCACAAAUAUAAAACCAGAUUCUGCAGAAAAACCACCUGAAGCAGAAGUUCCACCAGUAACCAAAGUUUCCGUAGAAGAAAAAUCCCAAAAAACAUCAAAAAGUCGUGGCCCAGUUGAAUUAGCUAAAUGUGAAUUUUGUGGUAAGCUUGGUGCUAAAUCAAAAUUCAAGAGAUCUAAAAGAUUUUGUUCAACUUCAUGUGCAAAACGUUAUAAUGUUGGUUGUUCCAAACGAUUGGGAAUAUUUCCACCAGCCAGUCAACAGACAAGCACUACAAGCCUAAAAUAUGAAGGUAAAAUAGCUAAAAAGAAGAAGAUGGGUUUUAAAACAAGAAAAGGUUGGAGAAAGUCUCAAGGUGGUAGAUUAGCAUAUAAUGUUUCUGAAUGGCAAAAUCAGAAUACAACUUCACAGUCAGAUCAGAGAACACCUAUUGAAAUUGAAAGUGAAGAAUCAGUGAAAGAAGAAAGAGAAGCUGAAGGGGAGACAACAGACACACCUUCUGGUCCAGAAAGUUCGAUGUCGCCUACGACUCCGUCUAGCCAUAAAGAGGAAAUGGAAGUCGACGGACCAGAACCAACAUCGAUUGGGUCCAGUAAUCCUCUCAAAUGGACGGUGCAAGAAGUGGUAGAUUUCAUAUACAAGCUUCCUGGUUGCGCAGACUAUGCGGAUGAAUUCAGAUCACAAGAAAUAGACGGACAGGCUCUAUUAUUAUUGAAGGAGGAUCAUUUGAUGACGGCAAUGAGUAUGAAAUUGGGACCAGCUUUGAAAAUAUGUGCUUGUAUCAAAUCUCUAAAACAGGGUAUUGAUGGAAAAUGCCAACAGGAUGAGUGCAUUUUUUCUGUUUUUGGAUUGAAAUAUCUUGCAACUAUGCAGGCUGUUUUAUUUCAAAAUCAGAAUACAACUUCACAGUCAGAUCAGAGAACACCUAUUGAAAUUGAAAGUGAAGAAUCAGUGAAAGAAGAAAGAGAAGCUGAAGGGGAGACAACAGACACACCUUCUGGUCCAGAAAGUUCGAUGUCGCCUACGACUCCGUCUAGCCAUAAAGAGGAAAUGGAAGUCGACGGACCAGAACCAACAUCGAUUGGGUCCAGUAAUCCUCUCAAAUGGACGGUGCAAGAAGUGGUAGAUUUCAUAUACAAGCUUCCUGGUUGCGCAGACUAUGCGGAUGAAUUCAGAUCACAAGAAAUAGACGGACAGGCUCUAUUAUUAUUGAAGGAGGAUCAUUUGAUGACGGCAAUGAGUAUGAAAUUGGGACCAGCUUUGAAAAUAUGUGCUUGUAUCAAAUCUCUAAAACAGGGUAUUGAUGGAAAAUGCCAACAGUAAAACAAUGGUGCCUGAAAUUUUGCAAAAAGAUUCAUUCAAAAUGACAUUAUGAUCAGAAAUAUAAAAAUAUAUAUAUAAAUGAAACAUUCAUCAUCAUGACAAACAAUGUGUGAUAUAUUAUAAUCAUUUUGGAAAUCAUCUGUAAAAAUAUAAGCAGCUUGUGCCUACAGGCCAAAAAACAGCCGCUACUUCAUAAUUUGUACUUUAGAAUGUGGUGCAAUGUCAAAAAUAGUACAUUUCAAAUUGGCCCCAAAGUAAGACUAUGACGGCAAUAUGGGAGGAACUGCCAAAUUUUUCUGAAGUUUUAUCAGAAGAGACAUGUUCAUACGAAUAUCUAUAUAUCAUAUAUAUAAAUAUAU